CUCACAAGACCAAUCAAAUUGGAUCAAUAUCAGUUCUGAUCAUCAUACAUUAAUUAUGUCAAGAUCAAUGUUACUGAUCUUCUUUCUUUCCAUUCUAGUUGCAAACGUAGUCAAUGGUUCGAACUUUCCUAUUAUAAACAACCAAAUUCACCUGCUCAGGCCGCAAUCCGGCUCUGGUGGGAGCUAUGCCAGCGGAUUAUCGUGCCUGAGUUGGCGAUUUGGCGUGGAAACCAACAGCAUCAUCAACUGGAAAACCAUUCCAGUGUCGUGUGAGGACUACGUAGGCCACUACAUGCUUGGCAGCCAGUAUAGGAAAGACUCUAAAGCCAUUACUGAUGAAGCUUUUCUUCACGCUAAGAGUCUUAAUCUUUCUAAGACUGGUGCCAACGACGUCUGGGUCUUUGACAUAGAUGAGACUACGCUCUCUAACCUCCCUUAUUACGCCCAACAUGGCUUCGGUUUGGAGCGGUUCAAUGCGACAUCGUUUAAUGCAUGGGUUGAUACUGGAAAAGCCCUAGCAUUACCAGAGAGUCUUAAACUUUACAAAAAGUUGCUUCGUAUGAAGGUUAAAAUUGUAUUUCUCACCGGAAGAACUGAAGACCAAAGAACCGUGACCGAGACCAAUCUCAGAAGCGUUGGAUACCACUCUUGGGCUAAGCUUUUACUCAAGGGAAAGAAUUUUAUAGGGAAACCAGCAGUUGUGUACAAAUCAACUGAGAGGAAGAAAUUGGAGGAGGAGGGAUAUAGAAUUAUUGGGAACAUGGGAGAUCAAUGGAGUGAUCUGUUGGGCACAAACACAGGCAUUAGGACCUUCAAAUUGCCUGACCCAAUGUACUACAUUAGUUGAAUAUUAUUUAAGUUUUUUUGUACUACUUUUCUUUUAGGUGAGUUAAUAAUGUCAAAAACUUGUACCACCUAGCUUGGAUGUUGGGGACAAAAUAAAAUUGAUUGAUUUCAAAUUUCU